CCGAGGUAUCCAUCUAUCGAACGUCAGCUCUCACCUCUAAGAUAAUCACUAUAAUCACAAUCAUUUUGUCAUACAUGCAUGACUACAAGAGAAGUCCUGGUGUGCAUGUUACCAGCAUCUUAGUGGAGUGAGGUGGGUGUGUCUUGAAGUCAUUUCUUCGACAUGGAGUAUGAGAGACGGGGUGGACGUGGGGACCGCAUGGGUCGCUAUGGUAACGAUGCAGAUGAGCAUGACUACAGAGACAUGGACUAUCGUGGGUAUGGUCAGGAGGAUCCACAACCAGGGUUAACUGGGAAAAACAUUGUUGAUGAACGACAGUAUGGACGUGACCACCGUUUUCAAGGCCUAAGAGAGUUUGCACCUGCUCAUUACACUGAAAACAGUCCUGGUUUCAGGCAAAGAGGACCACGAGAGUCUGACAGCAACCGACCUGGGAAAGCUCCACCCCGUCUUUCCCAAAGUCAGCCAGUCCAUACCAGAGCCCGGUUGGAGGAGAGAGAUUAUGAGUUUGAGCCUGAGCCUGAAGGACCACGUAGGGAUUAUCAGUCUUUUAGAGUGGGACAGAACAGCUAUUUAGACAAUCACACAACAAACCAGGGGGAGGGUAGUGAAGACAAGGGCUGGGGGAGAGUUGGGAGUAGGACCUCUUCAUCUCAGGAAGACUAUGGAAGUGUACGCCGUGGUGAGGAGGAGAAAUAUGCCAGAGGACCUGGCCAUAGACUGUGCCAUCAGGGUUUCUCAGAUCAAGCCCAGUGUGGUGGGAGAGAUGACAUCAGAGAGAGGGUCUAUCAUCCUGGCCCAGAGCCAGGCCUGGAUGAGCCAGACCUUCGGGACCAGGACUACCGUGCUGAUCUUGACCAUGGUCAGAAACCAAGCAACAUCAUCAUGCUCAGGAUGCUUCCUCCCAGUGCCACUGUCAAUGAGAUAAGGGCCCUGCUGCAGGAUCAGGGAAUCCAGCCCAGAGAAGUUCGUCUUAUGAGGAACAAGUCUUCAGGUCAGAGCCGAGGAUUCGCCUUCGUCGAGUUUAAUCACUUGCAGGAGGCCAGCCGCUGGAUGGAGACCAAUCAGAGGGUGCUCACUGUUUUGGGACAAAGAGUAUCCAUGCACUACAGUGAUCCAAAGCCCCGUGCCAAUGAAGACUGGCUGUGCAAUAAGUGCGGAGUACAGAAUUUCAAAAGAAGGGAAAAGUGCUUCAAAUGUGGUGUUCCAAAAUCUGAAGCUGAGCUUAAACUGCCUCUGGUGCAGAAGGACUUGCCCUUGGGGCAGUUAAAGGACUCAGCUCAGGGUUUACUGCCCCUCCCCACCAUCUAUCAGCCCUCUGCCCCUGUCCUGAACGUGAGCGCCCCAACACAUGCGGCCGAGGUGGCUAAUGACACUCUCAUAUUGAGGAAUCUUGGCCCUCAUACUACCUUGGAGGCGAUCCUCUCGGCCUUAGCUCCUUUUGCCACACUAUCUCCCUCCAACGUUCGCUUGAUCAAGGAUAAGCAGACCCAGCUGAACCGUGGCUUCGCUUUCCUGCAGCUCACUACCAUUGUGGAGGCCUCCCAGCUGCUCCAGAUCCUACAGGCGUUACAGCCUCCUCUUUCCAUUGACGGCAAAGUUAUCACAGUGGAGUUCGCAAAGGGCUCCAAACGUGAUGUGUUCUUGACAGAUGGCAGUCGUGUGAGUGCUGCCACAGUGGCCAGCACAGCCAUAGCUGCAGCCCAGUGGGCAGUAACCCAGAAUACACAGUUGUCAACUGGAUCCCAGUCAAGUGGUGACUUCACCUUGUACCAGCAGGGGGCAUCGGUGACUGGGUAUGGGCAGGAGAGUCAGGAGAAUGUGGGUGCUGAGACCCAGAGACUACCAGGGCCAGCAGUUGUAGUGGGCAGUAACUUGACUGCUUCUGGUGCACCAGGGAUAAUGGGAGCUUAUGAAGGUGGUGUUACCACCCCAGUGGUCUCCUCUGAGACAGACGUUUCUGGAGCUACUGCUGCAGUUGCGCCCACACAGGCACAAUCACAGUUGAUUACCACGGCAACCCUCACACAAUCUAAUCAGGUUCCUGUGACACAGCAGGUUGAAAUAAUUGGCAAACCUCAGCCUGCCCUCAGUCAGCCUGCCACGCCUGGGACCGCACUGGAGUGUCAGCAAUACCCUGAUCCUGAUGUCUCCACGUACCAGUACGACGAGAGCUCUGGCUUUUACUACGACCCUCUCACAGGCCUGUACUAUGACCCCAACUCUCAGUACUACUACAACCCCCAUACUCAACAGUAUAUGUACUGGGAUGGUGAGAAGCACACGUAUGUCCCUGCUCCAGCCCAGGCCUCUGCUGAGGCCAGUGAUUCUGUGGCUGGGAGCACAGCCUCCGAUCAUUUGGCCACAGCUGCCGGCACAAAGGACAAAAAGGAAAAACCCAAGUCCAAGACAGCCCAACAGAUAGCAAAAGACAUGGAGAGAUGGGCCAAAAGCCUGAACAGACAGAAGGAGAACGUGCGUUCUCUGGCCUCCACCUCCUCUGGUGCAUUACCCGGUCAGACGCGGCCAGGUCAAGGCAGGCUGGAUGAUAGACGGGAAUCUGCCAGUGCUGAUGCUGGUUAUGCCAUCCUGGAAAAGAAGGGAGCCUUGUCAGAGCGGCCACAAACUCUGAUCGAUCAAAUCAAGCGUCCUGAAGAGAGAGAGAGGAGCCCUCCACAGGCUUUAGUUGCAGCAUACAGUGGAGAGACAGACAGCGAGGAGGAGGGAGCAGAAAGAGAGGAGAGACUGACAGACUGGUCCAAGCUGGCGUGCCUACUGUGCAGGAGGCAGUUCCCCAGUAAAGAGGCACUACUGAGGCAUCAACAGCUGUCUGAGCUACAUAAGCAAAAUCUGGAGCAGAGGCGGGCCAGGCAAGCACAGCAGGAGGGGCUGGACAGAGCCGAUGUGGAGUUGAGAUACAGAGACAGGGCCGCAGAGAGGAGAGAGAAAGGCGAUCAUGUGGAACAGCCAGACACCAAAAAGAGGAAAUACGGUUCCAUUGAUGGGAUGGCAGGCAGCAGUCUUGGGGCUCGGAUGCUUCAGGGUGGAGUGAAGAAGGGGCUUCUUUCAAGGAACAUCCCAGUGGAGUGAGGGAGAUGUCUGGAUGUAUUGAUCCUCUCAGACUGGGUGCAUACGUUGCCCUUCUGCCCCACCUUUCACUUUGUUUUUGUUUGUUUGCUUGUUUUUGUUUUUUUAAUAUGACUUUGUGAACUAUGAGAACAGUGCUAGGAAACUGAUGACUAUGAAGUAUACUUAGAAAAUUGUUAAGAAAGCCCUGUUCGUCUUCCAUUAACAUGUGUUGAAAAAUUAACAAACUGUUUACUCUUGAUGUAACCAAUAUUUCAUCCUGCACCUCCUGAGAGCGUGGUCUUGGAUCUUUUAUCUUUGUUUAGUUUGAACUAAUUUUGAUCUGGUUAGAAAUAUAACCAGCAGCCCCAAAAGUUGUGGACAGAUGCAUACCUGAUGAAUUUGUUUUGCAUUUUGUGUAUUUGAUCUGAUGUCAUCCUGUGCGGUGUGCACAGGACAGACGUGCACAGUAAUAAGGUGGCAGUAUGCAAAUCGGGAGAUUGAACUAAUAUUCACUAUUAUUCACACAUGUAUUGAACUCAAGCAUAUGAUGUAAAAUAUGAAUAUAUGUGUUUGUGUGUGUGUGAGGUGUAUGAUUGCAUGGUUGUAUGUUUGAUUCUGAAGAACAGCUGUUUUUAAAUGUGUCUCUAUGUAUUUGAAGGUAGAGUGAUUGGGAUUUCUAUACUUUGGGAGCAAGGUUGUUCAAUUUUGAGUUGGUUUGACCCCACAGUCAGCUCUAAGCUAAGAAACCCAGGGGUUUAUAUUUUUCUCAGAAAUGCACUUUUUCAUGUGUCAGAUCAGACUAUAUGUGUACAAUAUAUAAUUACUUCCACCUCUGUCAGCUGUCAACAUAGAAAUUUGCCUGUUUUUGUCACAACAGAAAGAAUAGUGAUUGCAGUAAAAUCUUAUUUAUAUAAUGUAUGUGAAUACAAUUUUAUCAUUUGCUUGAUAUUUGUUUAUGUUAAUGGCCACAAGCUACAAUGGAUUUACAGAAUGGUGCUACAGAAUAGUGUUUCAGUCACUGAAAUCACUGAAAGUUAUGGCAAUCAUACCUCACACACUGAUUUGUGAAUCUAAUACUUUAUACCUUUUAAUUCUAUACAUAUGCAUUGCCUUUUACACACUCCAUAUGAGUUUGUCUUUUGCUGAAUCAUUGUGCAUUUUCCUCAGUUUGGGCUGCUUGUUUGUCAAGUGUUUCCAAACGUGCAUU